AUGGCUCCUAGAGUAGAUAAAGGUACCAUAAUUAUUUUAGACAUCGGUAAAAAUGUUGCGGAACCGAGGGAAAAGCAGAAAACAAGUUUUUUUGAAUCGGCCCGAGAGUGCGCUAUGCGAUUUAUUGAGCAUAAAAUAAUUAGUGAAAGGAAAAAUUUACUCGGAAUUAUUUUACUUGGUUCCAAGAAAACUGAAAAUGUAUUGGCUGCAGAGUGUCCAGGAACUUGUCGGUACAUUGAAAUGCUUGCUGAACUGAAGAACCCUACAUGGCUCAUGCUUCGAGAUUUACCAGAGAAGCCUUCCAAAACAACUGGGGACUGGUUUGAUGCAUUACUUGUUGCUGCUGAGCAUUUUAAAUACGGCGUAAAUGAUAAAAUUUUAAAUAAACAGAUAAUUAUAAUAUCAAACUUUGAAGCACCUUCAGAUUUGGAUGAAAGUGACUUAAAACAGGCUAUUCAUGGUUUUCAAGAGGAAGGCUUUGAACUAAGUGUAUUAGGUCCAGAUAUUUAUGAUGAAAAAAAUUGUAACAAUGAUAUAGAGCUAAUAAGACAGUUUGUUGAAGCUACAAAUGGCGCUGCUGCAACCUUAGAAUAUACUCUGGGAUUCCACUUACUUUUCCAUAGAAAAAAAGUUGUAAAUGCAAUGCCCUGGAAUGUUGAUCUAAGUAUAGGACCUAAUAUAAAGAUACCAAUUUCAUCAUAUACAAGAAUAAGAGAUGAACCAGUUAUCAAGAAAUGGAUUAAAGCUAUUAGAGACCCUGUCACACAAACAAUAAGUACAAGCGAAAGUAUAGAAAAAAGAAAAUUUUAUAUUAAUACAGAUAAUGAAUCAGUUAUUAAGAUUGAUGGAAAUGACAAAGAAGAUCAAAUCAUCAAGGGUUAUGUUUAUGGAGGGCAAGUUAUUCCAUUUUCUGAUUGUGAUAAAAGUAUGCUCUAUGAUGCUGGGCCGAAGUCAUUAAUUGUCUAUGGUUUUACAAAAUCUAGCAAUAUUACUUAUCAGAAUUUAAAUGGUGAUGGGCUUUCAUAUGUGUUUGGACGUAGAGGUGACAAGAAAGCAGAUUAUGCUGUAAGAUGUUUAGUCGAAUGUCUCCUUGAAUUAGAUUUAGUAGGAAUUGUUAGAAGGGUAUAUAACAAUGGCAAUGCACCAAAAAUGUUUGCACUCAUGCCUGUGAUAGAUUCAAAUAAUUUUGUUUGCUUAUCUAUGGCAGGUAUUUGUUACAAAGAAGAGAUUAAAAACAUGACUUUUCCACUAACUAAUACAAAAAAAUAUGAGUGUAAUAAUGAACAAGUAGAAGCUUUUAAAGAACUAAUAAGAGCUAUGGAACUAUCAAAAGCGUAUGAUGAAACUUUGUAUGAGGAUACUGAUGCUUUUCCAAUACUUAAAAUGUGCAGCCCAUCAGCACAGUAUAUUUUAGACUGCAUUGGCUUUCGAGCAUUGAAUCCUGACAGUCCAUUACCCCCACCAAGAAAGGAAAUAAUGAUGUUACUUAAAGUGGUACCAGAAGUAGAAAAGAGAGCUAUAAAACCUUUAGAAAAAUUAAAAAAACUAUUUGUAUUGAAUAAGGUUGAAAUCAAAAAGAGAAUUAAAAAAGAAGAACCAAUGAAUGUAGAUGAAUCUAAUAAAUCUUCCACAUCCACAGCAAAUGAUGUAAUUAUGGAUGAAACCCCAAAAAUAAAAAUUAAAAUGUUUAAGAAACCAUAUAUACAAAAAGUUGGUACUGUAAAUCCAAUAGAGGAUUAUGAAAAUUUAAAGAACAAUUUAAAUAUUAAUGAACUUUUUUCACAAAUGGCAGAGGCUAUUGAAAGUAUAUUUUUCUGCAGCAUUGAUAAAAAUUUUACAAAACCUUUGGAUGCUAUGUUACAUUUCCGAACUGAGUGUGUCAAAUCUGAACCAUCUCAUUACAACAACUGGCUUAAAAAGUUCAAAAUGGCACUAACAGACCGUAAUAGAAGUGAUAUCCUAAAUAUCAUAAAUGAGAAUAAAUUAAAUUAUAUUUUGGAAAGCGAGAACUCUUUAAGUAACAUGAUUUCAGAGACUAGUGAGGAAAGUCAGCUGUAUGAAAACGACACAGUACCUAAUCUUACUGAAGUCAGUAUAAGUUCAGAAGUCAAUGAUUUCUUUGAUAACAUG